AAAAAUUCCUGGAAUUCCAAUGUUCUUUUUUUGAAAAAUUACCAUUAAUAUCGGACGUCAUACGUGAACGACCCCGAGGGGUGUUACUGAAAAAUCUUCAUUGGGGUCAUAUUUAUUAUUUGUGUCUUUCUGAGUUUGACCUUAUCUGUCCUCUAAAUGUAAGGGAAUUAAUUGACUUAUCAGUUCAGAUAAAAUAUUUAAAAUAAUUAUAAAUUUUUUUCAAUUGCUUUAAACAUCAUUUAUUACCUAUUUUUAAGCAUCUAUAAGUGAACCCCCCAAUUGUUCAAUAAAGAUCCAAAUCAGUUCUCAGAAAGGUUAAUUAAAAAACCUGAACAUUGAUAACGACGAAAGACUUAUAAAACUGAUGGAAAAUUCAACAAUAUUUCAGUAAUCGAAUUCAAUUCGACUUUUAAUAAUGGAUUCAAAAUUUGCUGCUCUGAUAAUAUUUAUUUCAAUAAGUUACCAUCAAGCCUGUGGACAAAAGCUUAAUUGUUCAUUUAGCAUUGGUCAUCAAUCUGUUUACUCUUGCUUUCUUAAAGUAGAUAAUCCAAAUGGACUUGCUAAUUUUACCGAGAUUACAGGAACACAUUUACCUGAGAUGACUAAUGAAGACGUCACAAAAGUUGCGUAUGGUUCUCUUAAAAAUACAACAACACCUCCGCCAAUAGUCUGUGAGACAUUUCAAAACCCCACUGAAGUUUUCAUAACAGAAACUGUUAUCAAAUCUAUCAAGGAUUCAUUUCGAUAUUGUAGCAAGCUCAAAAAAAUUGAAAUAUACCUUAAUAAUUUAUUUCAAAGAGAUAGCAUGGAGAUUGACGAAGACGCAUUUGUUGGGAAUCCUGAACUUCGCCUUAUUAGUGCUUGGAAUAAUCGCAUAAAAUCGUUACACGAAAAUGUUUUCAGAAAUCAAAAUAAAUUAAUGUACUUAUGGCUUAAUAAUAAUGAAAUUUCUGAUCUAGGAGAUGAUAUUUUUCUUCCACUCCACAAUCUCCUUCAAUUAGACCUUUGGUCAAACCAAAUUAAGGUGAUGAAAAGGAAUUGGUUCCGAAAUCUUACAAAAUUAGAAGACCUUUGGAUAGCCGUAAAUCAAAUUGAAAGUCUGCCACCAAAUGCAUUCAACAACAUGGUUAAUUUAAAAAUGCUUGCUUUAAGCGCAAAUGAGCUCAAAGAAUUACCCAAUAACAUCUUCAGUUCAUUAAAAAGUUUAAAAAUAAUUUAUUUAGAACAUAAUAAGCUUAAAGAAAUUCAUUCUGAAUCGUUUGGAUAUUUACUAAACUUAACUCAUAUUUAUCUUACCAAUAAUCAAAUUGAUGCCAUCGAUGAAAGACUUAUUAAUAAUACUGGCGUUACUUAUAUUGAUAUGAGGAACAACACAUGUGCUAAUGUCAAUAUCACUGAUAAUUCAACUUCGAGGGAUGUUAUGAGGAACGCUUUGCAGAAGUGCUUUGAAAAUUAUAAACUUUUGUAUCCUGAUGAAACAACGACAAUAGACACAACCACUGAUCCCACCUUUUCACCAGGUUGUAUUGAUGGAAACUUAGACGAUAGAGUCUGUAAACUUGAAGAUUGGAAUCAAGAAUUGGAAGAUAAAAUUGAUAUUCUUACAGAAAAUAAGCAACACAUGCAGGAAGAUAUUGAAAACCUAUUAAAAGAAAAUGAAGAUUUGCGAGAAGAUUUAGAAAAUCAAGUGUUACUGAUUGCUGAUGUUCAGGAUGAGAAUCAGAAACUUCAAACCACAACUGAAGAGCUACAAAAGGAGCUUGAAGAAUUAAAGAACCAAUUUUUAAUAUGGACAACUCGUCCUUGUGCCUGCUUAUAAUUACAAGCUAUUGUUAGAUUCUGUUUUAUUCAAGCAUUUUCUUAAUAAAACCAUGAACAAUCCGGUGUGAAUACAGAAAGCAAUGAUAUCAAAAAAGAAUUUCAGCUCAGCCGCCGUUUUCCUCAUAAACACUUAUUUAUGAUCCGGCAACGACCAUUAUUUAUAUUACAAUGUGUUAUAUAUGAUGCACAUAUAAAAAAUGAGGAAUAAGAAGCAAGCACAACAAAAAAAGAGCUGAGAAUAAAGAAUGGGAGAUGAGACAUUAUCGCAAUAACACUGAAUGAGGCAAAAUGCAAACAUAAAUGGCCAGUAAAAGGGGAGAGAGAUGGAGAGAGAAAUAUGAAACAUUAUAGCCACAAUUUCUCAUCCUACUGCUCACUCUCGCCUCGACAACGGAAAAUUUAUAAACAUAAUUUAUGAUGGCCAUAAAAAAUAAUAAUGUUGUUGCCUUUCCACUGCUCUUUAUGCCUCCUCACACUUUAUAUCGCAUGAUAUAUCUCUCCUUCUCUUUCUCUUUCUCUUCCUCAUUUGGUUUCUGAUUUUGCCUAGAGAACUUUUGGGUUGAGAGAUUCAUGUGAGUUUAAUUUUAUUUCUGGAAGUUGGUUGUUGUGGGGUUUGGGGAUUGUUGGAAUUAGACGCAUAUUUCAUGAACUUUUGACCGUUAAAUUAGACAAAGUGGUAGCUCAUUUUCAGAUGCUAUUGUCUUCAUAUUGGCACUCAAGUGAAGCUCAUCUUUUGAUAAGCUUCAGCUAAGCUUCUUUUUAGCUUCUCCUAAGUUUCCACUCAGUUUCUCCUCAGUUUCAGUUCAGCUUACGCUAAGCAUCGGAUCAGGUUUAGUUUCUGUUCAGCAUUAGUUAUGCUUUAGCACAGCUUCAGUUCAGCCUUAGCUUUGGCUUAGCUUCAGUUCAGCCUCAGCUACAAUUCAGCUUCAGCCUCAGCUACAAUUCAGCUUCAGUUCAUUUUCAGUUCAGCAUCAGCUACAGUUCAGCUUCAGUUCAGCCUCAGCUACAGUUCAGUUUCAGUUCAAUCUCAGCUACAGUUCUGCUUCAUUUAAUCUUCAGCUCUCGCUCAGCUUCAGUUCAGCCUUAGCUUUAGCUCAGCUUCAGUUCAGCUUUAGCUUUAGCUCAGCUUCAGUUUAGCUUCAGCUACAAUUCAGCUUCAGUUCAGCCUCAGCUACAGUUCUACUUCAGCUAAGCCUCAGCUACAGUUCUACUUCAGUUAAGCCUCAGUUUCCGUGCAACACGAUGAAGCGUAGCUUCAGAAACAUAUGAACUUAAUCGGACAAAUCAAAAACAAUACCAACAUGUUUCUUAACUUCCACAUCAACCACCCAGCAAUCCAUAAUUCUUUCCUAGAAAAGAUUGGAACAGUUCACACAAAACAAACAUACAACAGUCAAUGCCAAUGCGCCUGAUUCUGCUAUAGUCAGAGCCUUCAUUCUCCCCCUAUCAAUAUGCCAGCCACCUCUAAAAGUACACCAUAAAUUUUUUUAAUACUGCCUCAUAUUAUUUAUUAACCAUGUUUGCUGUCAAAAAUCUGUUUCCAUAAAUUAAUAAUGCAAAAAAAAUGUUGCUCUAAAUGCUUCAUGAGUAAAUAUAA